UGUGGAUAAGUCUUGUCUGAUUUGUAAUAGGAAAAAAUCCCGAAAAAUUUAUUAUCGAUUUGUGAUAAAAAUAUCUUUGUAUAUUUGCAUUGAAAGUUUAUUAGUGUUCUGUGACUGAACCAAAUAAAUUGCAGUUAAGUUUUUAGUGGAGACAUAUUUGACUAAGGAAUUAAAACCCGUCAAUAAAAAAAAUUCGUUACUACAUUCAAUAAUACUAGAUCACAACAUGCAAGAAGAUUUAGAAGUCACGGGGAUAUCGCGCAGCGGGCGCGUUAGAAAAAAGAGUUCAAAGUUGAUGGACUUCGAGUCACCCGACGACAUUGAGUCCAGAUACCGGAGACAGACGCCUGUGAAGUCUUUUAUGGCGUUGAGACAGGAGGAGACACCGCAGUUUCAACCCGAACCUUCUGUUCCACCGAAACCAGCAGAGGACACUGGCACCGCGUCGGGAAGCGAAAGUGAUUACUAUGAAAACAAUGGAGAGAAUGCUGAUAGUAUGGAAUCAGAUAGUUCAGCAUCUGAAGAAGGAUCCACUCGUACUCCUGCCAAUUCUUUGUACAUGAUGGAGAAAAGUACCAAGAAAAAACUGAUUGUGAAGGAUGGCAGGGUGGUCGGCAGAGCAAAGGCUCAACGGAAGGACAAAGGAAAAACUCGCAUCACUGCAUACAUGAUGUGGGCGAAGGAAACACGUAAUGAACUACUACGCAAGCAUCCUGAUAUGGAUUUCUCUGCUAUAUCUAAAAGAUUAGGAGAAAUGUGGGCUAAUGUGACAUACAGUGAGCGUUAUCUGUGGCGUCGCAAGGCGAAACGAUUCGCGAUACAAAAAGAACAGCAAGGCAACCAAACCAGCAAAAUAAUAUCCAACCCCAGCGUCCGUCCGCCAUCGAACCAGGGUCCCGGUCGCCCGCCGUCCAACCGCGCCCAGCCAAAGCAGUCGCCGACCACGCCACCACAACAAGCCCUUGUCCCGGCUGCAGCUGUUGGAGCAGCCGGCGGCGCCGGCAUGUACCGCGUGACGGGGUGCGGCGCUGUAGAGGUGGCCGCCCACCUGAGACUGCUCGGGGAGAGCCUCGCCAUCAUCGGGGAGCGGCUCAAGGAGCACGAGGGUCAGAUCGCGGUAUCGGGCUCGGUGUCUGUGCUGUUGGACACGUUGCUAUGUUCACUGGCGCCACUGCUUGGGGUCGCACGAGCAGUUCCCGAGAUCGCGCCUCCGCCGCGUCUACUCCAAGACACGCUCCACAACAUCGCCUACAUCAUGCCCGGACUUUGAGGUUCUCGCUUACGAAUAAGUGACGCGUAUUCCUAAAAAUAUCACCUUUUAUUUAGGUAGUCGUCUCCAAUUGGUUGGUUGCAAAGUUGCA